AAUUGAAACCAACCCUAAGCUUCUUUUAUCUCCGCUCUAAAGGUAGCCCCGAUUAUUGCUGACUUAAGCAUCGGAGUGUCUACCCCGAGGACCCACCUCGGGGCUUUGCAGGUCGAUCCGAAGUGCUAAUACGGACUGAAGAAGGACUUCUGGUUUGGUGCAAUUACAUUUGGCGCCAUCUGUGGGAAACGAACUGAAAGCUUUCUUGUUGCUCUCUCAUAAUGGUUAACACUCGAUCAGUCCCAGCUGGAAACUCAUCUCAGCCUCUUGGACGAGGUCAACCCCCAAACAACCUUCCACCUCAGUUUCCACCUCAACUUCCACCUCAUAUCCCAAAUAUGUUCCCUCUUGUUGAUCAUGCAGAGGGAGGAGAUGAGAAUCAACCACACAACUCAGCUCACAAUUCUACUUCCACUGCCAACCAAGAUCUCUUAGCUCGGAACAACCCUGGAGAUCCCCUCAUCAAUCUCCUUAACCCAGCUCCACAGCAAAACCCUGAACCAGUUCAGCAUGCUCCUGCUCUUAGUGAAUCUCAGGGUCAAUCUCAUAUAACACCAGCUCAGCAACCCCUCCCUGAUGAUGUCACUCGACGUGUAGACAGCUUAGAAAGGCUAGUAGCUGAGCAGCGAGAUGCCCCACCUCCACAUCAUGCUGCUGACUCCAUACUUCACCCUCUGAACACCAACAUCACAUUAGAACCCUACCAUACUGGCUUUAGAAUACCUCAGCUGGAGACUUAUGAUGGGACGAAGGAUCCCGAUGAUCACCUGUAUGCUUUCUACUCUUCUGUGAUCGUAGGACUUAAACAUGAAAGAUUCAGAGAUAGUCUGCUCAAGCAUCCUGCCAUCGCCUUUAGUGAGGUGAAUGAUAGAUCCCUCAAAUUUAUAACUGCUGAAGAGUAUGCCUUGUCACAGAAGCCAACUCCCUCCAAGAACCAAAACCCAGACUGGCGAGAUGAGAAUCCGGACAGGAAACGGAUGAGGACAGCACAGAACCGAGGUCCAAUGUCGACCUCCACACAGAGAUUCGGAAGGCCGAACUCUACACCUCCACAACAAUCUGCAGGUAAACCUCCAGUUAAUUGGACUUCUUUUAAUUUGCUAAGGUCACAGAUUUUCAUGCAGAUCAAGAAUAAGAUGGAUUUAAGGCGUCCUGGCCCAAUAAGAACUGCUGCUGCUAGCCGAGAUCAUACUAGAUAUUGUGAUUUUCAUCAAGAUCACGGCCAUAUAACAGAGCAAUGUAACAGCCUCAGAUCCGAGUUGGAAAGUCUUGCCCAAAAGGGACUGUUGAAUGAGUACAUUCAGAGAGCUGAACAGCCAAGAAUUAUCCACAUGAUUACGGACGGCCUGGAGGCAAGUGGACUAAGCUCUAAACAGCGAAAGUUGUACGUCAGAGAGGUUAAGCAUCAGAACCGAGCUCAGAAACGGAAGUUUGACGAUGCUGAGUGGAAGAAUCAACCAAUUACUUUCACAUCUGCUGAUUUCGACACAGUCGUCACACCUCACAAUGACCCUUUUGUCACUUCUGUCAUGAUUAACAAUUGUGAAGUGCAGCGUGUCCUUGUUGACACAGGAAGUGCACCAGACAUCAUGUACUUCCAUUGUUUUGAGAGUCUUGGGUUGGAUCCAGGUUUAUUGCAGCGGUAUGAUAGUCUCAUCUACGGAUUCAACAACCAACCAGUUCCAGUUGAAGGAGUCCUAACGAUGAAUGUUGCAUUUGGGAGUGAUCGAAAUUAUGUGACUCCUUCAAUUCGGUUUCUAGUAGUCAAGAUGGCGUCCUCUUUCAACGUUGUUAUUGGUCGACCCACACUGACUGAAAUCCGAGCUGUGGUUUCCCAGUCUCACCUCUGCAUGAAGCUCCCAACUCCUAUGGGAAUAGCAACACUGUGAGGUGAUGAGCUAAAUUUAUAUACAUAUUAAUAGGAACUUUUUACUUUGAUAUUAUUGAUAUUUGGAUGAGUUUUAUGGGAUUUUGUUUAAUUUUACAUGGUUUGCAUUCUUUGUGUAGGAAAGGAUUUAAUUAGAAGAAAUCCUACUUUUAGAA